UGCCAGUCAGCGGCGGGACCGCGCCGGCCCCUUGUUGUCACGGCGCCGUGCGGGGCUGGGGCUCUUCGCGCCGCCGCUGCCGCCGUUGUUGCUGCCGCUGCGGGUACCCCGGCGGGGAGCGAUUUCCCGGCCUCAUCGCCCGUUCUCCCGGCGCGGGAGGAGGCGCCCUCGCCAUGGCCACCAGCACCACCGGCUCCACGCUGCUGCAGCCCCUCAGCAAUGCCGUGCGGCUGCCCGUGGACCAGGUCAACUUUGUAGUGUGCCAACUGUUUGCCUUGCUUGCAGCUGUUUGGUUCCGAACAUACCUUCAUUCAAGCAAAACUAGCCCAUUUAUAAGGCAUGUUGUUGCAACCCUCUUGGGCCUUUAUCUUGCACUUUUUUGUUUUGGAUGGUAUGCCUUACAUUUUGUUAUACAAAGUGGAAUUUCCUACUAUAUCAUGAUCAUAAUAGGAGUGGAGAAUAUGCACAAGUAUUGCUUUGUUUUUGCUUUGGGAUACCUCACUGUGUGCCAAAUUACUAGAGUCUAUAUCUUUGAUUACGGACAGUACUCCGCUGAUUUUUCUGGUCCAAUGAUGAUAAUUACACAGAAGAUCACUAGUUUGGCAUUUGAGAUUCAUGAUGGAAUGUUUCGGAAAAAUGAAGAUUUGACUCCAUCUCAGAGGUGCUUGGCUGUAAGACGCAUGCCAAGUCUACUGGAGUAUUUAAGUUACAACUGUAAUUUCAUGGGUAUCCUGGCAGGCCCGUUAUGCUCUUACAAAGACUAUAUUACUUUCAUUGAAGGCAGAUCAUACCAACUGCAACAGUCUGAAGCAAAUGGGAAGGAAGAUACCAAAUAUGAACAAACGGAUCCUUCCCCAAAUAUAGCUGUGGCACAGAAGCUCUUAAUCUGUGGACUGUCCUUACUCUUCCACAUGACAAUUACAGAAACUUUGCCUGUGGAAUACAACAUUGAUGACAACUUCAGGGCUACAGCAUCAUGGCCUGUAAGGUUUUUCUACCUGUAUGUGUCUCUUAUGGCUGCCAGACCCAAGUAUUAUUUUGCAUGGACUUUAGCAGAUGCAAUUAAUAAUGCAGCAGGGUUUGGUUUUAGAGGCUAUGAUAAAAAUGGAGUGACACGCUGGGAUCUAAUAUCAAAUCUGAGAAUCCAGCAAAUAGAGUUUUCCACAAGUUUCAAGAUGUUUCUUGAUAACUGGAAUAUCCAAACAGCUCUUUGGCUUAAAAGAGUGUGCUAUGAGCGCGCUGCCUUCAGCCCAACGAUCCAGACCUUCAUCCUUUCUGCCAUUUGGCAUGGGGUUUACCCAGGAUAUUACUUAACAUUCUUAACAGGAGUACUAAUGACACUAGCAGCACGAGCUAUAAGAAACAAUAUCAGACAUUAUUUUCUUGACUCUCCUGCUGUUAAACUAUGUUACGAUAUUGUAACGUGGAUGGCAACUCAAGUAGCAAUAAGUUACACAGUCGUGCCAUUUGUACUGCUCUCUGUAAAACCUUCUAUCACCUUUUACAGCUCCUGCUAUUUCUGUCUUCAUAUUGCCAGCAUCCUGGUGUUGUUGGUAUUUCCACUGAAAAGAACUCAAAAAGGAAGUAAAAGGCAUGAAAGCGUCCAGCCCAUAUGGUCCAAAAAACUAGAAGAAGAAAAUCUUUUGCAAAAGAACAGUUAUUCCACAACAAAUAAUAGUUUCAGUCAAAAGCAAGAAAUAACCUGCAGAUAUCAAGCAUUGAAACAGUGAUUGAGGAAAUACUAUGAUGAAUAUAUUUUAUAUGUUUUCAGAAACCCAUUUUUAGCACCUUUUAAAGGGGUUUGUAUUUGUUUGCAAAGAUGUUUAGUAAGAAAAGAAUGCAUUACCUACCUAGGAAAAUCACAUACAAUAGCAAGACUGGAAACAAAACAAAUUAACCCCUCCCAUGCCAUGUCCCUGUGGGUCACGCCUUAUAUGAAGAUAUUACCAUUAUUUCAAUGGGCACUCAGGACUUGCAACGUAUGUCCAUAGGGUCAUAUGUGUGCCCUUUGCUGAAUGUACGUUGUAUCCCAAGGCACUGAUGGGGUGGAAUAAAAUUGUGUCAAUCUAGUAUUAACAAAUGGAAAUGGAUUUUUUCCAAGUGAAUGACUUGCCUUAAACCCUCUAUUUACUGAAAUAUUGUUUCUAAGUGGGUAUUUUCAAGUUUGAUUUUAUGUGAAAAGCAUAUUUCAAAUAUAUAAUACUAUACGCUAUAAAGAAGAUAAAAAUAGGAAAUGCAAAGUCAUUAGAAAGCUUUUGAAUCUUUAAAAGGGAAUUGCAAUAAGCAUCUCAGUAUUUGGAGGGUUUUCUUAAAGUAUCUCAAACUAGUAUAGUACAUUACAGAACUGUAAGCAUUACUGAUGCCAAAUUAUAGUUAGGUUUCUUUGAUAAAGAGUAUAAUUACACAUAGCCCUUCUGAAUCGAUCAACAAAAUAUAAAACACCUAAAGGUUCACCUUUUCUAGGUCUUGAUGGCCCUAAUUUAGGUUUCUUUUACUUUGAAGCACCUAAACCCAAUAAAACACUGCCAGAUGGGCUUUGCUGCUAGAGAAGGCAGAUGUAGGACACAGAACCCAACGUGCAAGCACCAGGAUUUCAAUGAAAGUGCGUUUUUACUCUUAAAUACCAGAAAUACUUGUUCUAGCAUAGAACUGUUUUACAAAACACGAUUUUUAAUACUUAUUUUCAAUUUUCAGGCAUACAACAGUUAUUUGAUGCUUUCUGUAUAAUGCAGUGAAAUUACCUUGAGCCCUAAUGCAAACAUGGUCAAACAUGAAAUUGCUAUAAUAACCAGUUUCUGUAUGCUUGAUAAUUGAUUUCCCUUUAUCCAAAGAAGUACAUGAAUUUGAGGAAAAGCUUUUUCUUCAAAUUAGAAUUUUAGAUGCAAAGUUCACAUCUCAUUUGUCAGUGACAUUAUAAAAGAAAUAAAUCCUUUAGAAUAGCUGAUUUACUGAAUUAUGACAGUGUGUCAAGGGAAUAAUUCAGUGGUUAUAUCUAUUCCAGACCAUUUAUUGUGAUGGUGGUCCCUGUUAGAGUUCUACUGUUAAAGGGCUACAUUUUAAUUCCUUAUAUUCUGUAUUUUCAUAUAAUUUUUUUAAGUAAACACAAACUGUUUAUCUACAUGGGUUUUUUCUUUUAGCUUUAAAACUGACACAAAAUACUACCAGAUAAUUCAGCUUGUUGAUUAAUAACCUACAAAUGAACGAGGAGAAAAAAUUUGUCAUAAUAUUUUGAACCUUAAAGUUUUCAUCAAGUAUCUGGCACUAGUGGGGUCAAUAUUCUUAGUACCAGAAGUGCAACGAUGGUCCUCAAAUUUGGGGAUAUUACCGUGCAGAAAGAGUUGCAGUACUUCUGGCUUAUUCUCUCAAGAACCAGAUCUGAAGUCAGGUCAGAGUUAUUUCCUUGUUGUCCUAGUUCUUUGUCUGGCCUUUGGCAUAAAACUUCAGAAGGAUAACAUGCUUUUUCCGUAAGUAUAGGUUAGCUCUAAUUAAUGUACACAAUUAGAAAGGGGGAACUAAAUAUGAGAGUGGAUGAGUCUGUUCAGAUGAGUAGGGAUGUUUGUUGUUUCAGUGACAGACGUGUUAUCUCUAAAAUGAAGUAAUCUGACGACUCAGUCCUUACUUCCCCUACCCAAGUAGACCUCCCCUUACAUGGGGUUGUGGUUUUCACAUGCCUCUUUGACAUGGGGUUAUGGCUUGGGUUUUUUUUUUUAUGUUGGUUAUCAGUAAGGGCACACUAAUUUAUGUUUUAUUAUCCUUAACUAGGUACAGAAUCAGGAAAGAGAUUUUCCCCCUUUCUGUUCCUGAAGGGACAUUUACAUAAAAUGAGAAAUCUGAAUUGCAUAUUUCUGAGGGGGUGAAUAAAAUUGAGUUGAUUCUUUCAGUAUUUGUUGCUUUUGAUCUUAAAUUCAUUUUCUGGUGCAGCCUACGUAUCAAACAAGCACUUUCGAAUACCAGUACAUCAUCUAAUGUGCCAUUAAUUUCCCAUUCAUAUUCUGGUACUCUUGUUUUGGCAUGUGUGCCCAUGUGUGUGGUGGAGGCUUACUAAUUCUUCAUUAUGAAAUACAAAUGUAGUUGUAAGCACUCCCAGAAAAUAGGCAGGUUUAUGAUAGCGAAGGUGUGUACUUCAGUGUGAGUGGAUUCACAGGAACAGUUUUAUUCAGAACUUUUGUAUGUGCUUAAAUUGCCAACUAAGAAAAUAAGUACAUUAUUUAGUCGGGCACAAGUGGUAAGAUAUAUGGGUUUCAAAAUUGGCUGUGACUUUUUUCUUCAUUAUUUGAACCCCUUAAAUAAGUGCAACACAAGAAAUUAUGGCAGUUAAUUAGUUCUGCACGGAAUUUAUUUUCAAGUGUAGUGUCCUAGACUUUACCCUUUAAAUGGCAUCGCUGAAUAUAAAAGUACUUUGAACCAAAACCUACUCUUCAUGCAAAUCUUCAUGCAAGUCUCUUGGAGACGAUGGAAAGAGGCUUUUUUGUUCUAAUGGCAGCACUCUGAUUUCAGUCAAACUGGGAUUUUCUUGUUGCUCUCCCUCUGCUUUACUAGUUUUCUGCCUUGCUAUCACACUGGAUUUUUUUAUCCAUUCAGUCAAAGUC